AGUAAUUUCACAGCCCCUCCCCCAAAACCGCAUUCAUUUCUUUAACUUGUCUUCUUGCUACUCCAUCAAAAGCAGGUGGAUACCCCAUACCCCCUUACUUUUUCUCUCUGAAAUCGGUGGAUCAAGAAACUUUAUCCCUACAAUUCGCUCUCUGAUUUGGUAUCUAUGAAGAGAUCAAUCUCGUUUUCGGAAGAUCAGGUCAACGGCGAUGGCGAUGGCGAUGGUGAUGUUGGUAAGAUGAAGAAGAAGAUCCGUGAAGAUCUCGGUCCAGAGAUGGUGAAGGGCAUGGGGGAGACGCCGGAGACAGCGAUUUCUGUUCUGAUGGACGAGAAUUUGCUGUAUGAGGUUCUGAAACAUGUGGACGCGCGGACGUUAGGUGCGGCGGGAUGCGUGAACAGGCAGUGGCAUCGGACGGCUCAGGACGAGCGGUUAUGGGAGCUGAUCUGUACAAGGCACUGGGCGAAUAUCGGGUGCGGUAACAAUCAGCUUCGUUCAGUGGUCCUUGCACUCGGUGGCUUCCGUCGACUCCAUUCUCAUUACUUAUGGCCUUUAUCCAAGCCGUCCACCUCCACCGCUACCUCAUCGUCAUCUUCAACCGUAGCUGCCGCCGCCGCCACCGCAUCCUCAUCGUCCUGGCCGUGCUUGCCACCGCCGCGUACAAUCGUUCCGUCGAAACCUACGGCCGUGAAAACCCGUUGGGGAAAAGACGAGGUUCAGCUUUCUCUCUCGCUUCUGUCGAUUCGUUACUAUGAGAAGAUGAAUUUCAAUAACCGAAAAUGAAAGGUGGAGCUAAUUUGUGGAAUUGUUUGUGUUUGAAUUUGGUGUUUGCUUGUAAUGUUGUGUGGUAGGAUGUGGUUUCUACUCUAUCCCUAACUAAUCGUUCAAAUGUAUCCCACCUAGAUUUCUACUAUCAAAUGAAGUAUUUUGUAAAUUGA